GCCGAGGGGGGCCGGGGGGGCCGACAGGCCGGACAUGCGGCUGCGGAGCCCGGAGUCCGGAGCGCCCACCCAGCGCUGAGCAAGGUCCCGCAGGGCGUCCCCCGCCGCCCAGAAUGAGUAACUGCAGCAGCCGGGCGCUGACCCUGCUGAGCAGCGUGUUCGGGGCCUGCGGGCUGCUCCUGGUGGGCAUCGCCGUCAGCACGGACUACUGGCUCUACAUGGAGGAGGGCACCGUCCUGCCCCAGAACCAGACCACCGAAGUCAAGAUGGCCUUGCACGCCGGGCUCUGGCGGGUCUGCUUCUUCGCAGGCCGGGAGAAAGGCCGCUGUGUCGCCUCCGAGUAUUUCCUGGAGCCCGAGAUCAACUUGGUGACAGAGAAUACGGAGAACAUUCUGAAGACGGUGCGGACCGCCACCCCCUUCCCCAUGGUCAGCCUCUUCCUCGUCUUUACGGCCUUCGUCAUCAGCAACAUAGGUCACAUCCGCCCUCAGAGGACCAUCCUGGCCUUCGUCUCCGGCAUCUUCUUCAUCCUCUCGGGUCUCUCUCUGGUUGUUGGCCUGGUGCUCUACAUCUCUAGCAUCAACGACGAGGUCAUGAACCGGCCCAGCAGCUCUGAGCAGUAUUUCCACUAUCGCUACGGUUGGUCCUUUGCCUUUGCGGCCUCCUCGUUCCUUCUCAAAGAGGGCGCCGGAGUGAUGUCAGUGUACCUGUUCACGAAGCGCUACGCUGAGGAAGAGAUGUACCGGCCGCACCCGGCCUUCUACCGGCCCCGCCUCAGCGAUUGUUCUGACUACUCUGGCCAGUUCCUGCAGCCCGAGGCCUGGCACCGCGGCCGCAGCCCCUCGGACAUAUCCUCCGACGUCUCCAUCCAGAUGACCCAGAACUACCCACCGGCCAUCAAGUAUCCUGACCACAUCCACAUCUCCACCUCCCCCUGCUAGGCCCCUCACGAGGACACCCCGAGACUUAUCCCUCUUCUUCCCUCAUAGUUCUCUUCACUCCUUGAAAGUCAGCUCCCCCAUCCAUCACCAUAACCUCUGGAUUUGGGGCCUGUUCUUUCCCCCUACGGCUCCCUUUCUCUCUGUCUCUCUCUGGCUCUCCCUCUCUCUGUCUCUGUCUCUCUUUUUCUCUCUCUCUGUUUCUCACCUUUCUCAGAGAAAAUAUUUUUGCCAUCUUGGGUCCCCUACAGAAUGUGACCAGGUGGCCAUUUUGUGGGCAGCUCUUCCUCUCAUAGAUUUCUCCGGAGUUGGCUUGGCGGCCAUUCGGACCUCAGUCUUCCUUGGGUUCCACUGGUGGCCAGGCCGGUAGUGGUUGGGAGGCCACUUUUGGAGUCCGCUCCUGUCUUGUCAGCGAUUAUCUGGGGACUUAGUUUCCCCAGACUGUGGAUCUGGUGACCAUUCGGUCUCCCUUCCAUGUUUCCAGCUUUGAGCAUGUGCCACUACAUCCUACUUUCCUUCCACCUCACACAGAAUCCCCCCCAGCCCCUUCUUAUCACCAUACUAUCUCCUUAAAAGUCUUGCUUUCCCCAUCAGCCCCUGUGACGGGACCUGCACCCUCUGCCAUAUUGGGACCUCAGAGAGAAAGUGACCUGAUCACCAUUUUGGGUGGCAGGGGAGACAGGGCCAAGGCACGAAGGAUGAAGUGGGUUGGGGGGACAUCUCUGCUUUUACCUCUCUCCUAUACUUCCCUCCUCCCUCAUUUCUCUCUAUUUCUGUCUCUCUCAUUCUGUGUGUGUUUCUUGUCUCUGCCCUCUCUAUGUCUGUCUUUUUCCUGGAUUUCUUGUCUUUUUCUCUCCCUGACUGGCAUUUUCUCUCUUCCUCCCUCCCUCUCCCUCUCUCUCUCUCUCUCUGUUUCAGUUUCUCUCUGGGGCUGAUGUCUGUCUGCCAGCUUCUGCCUGAUCACCGCCUAUCUUGCUAUUGUUCUAUUUUCUCUUCCUUCCCUUUGAGUGUUCAUUUCUUAUGUUCCGUCUGGGACUCUUUUGUCUCUCUUCACCUCAGUUUCUGUUUCUCUGCCUCUAUCUCCCUGCCCUCUGGCCUCCUGGCGGAGUCACGUCUGGGAGGGAGAUAGGUGCUUGUGGGUGGUGGAGAGAUGGGGCAGGGGUGGGGUAGGCGGGGUUUGCAGAUAGUGGGGUCCCUGGAUCUGGAGUUGAGGGGGGCUAGGGCUCCUGUGACUCUGGGGGAGCAGGGAUUGGGGGCAAGAUGCCUGGGUUCUCUUGGUAUAGCUGUGCGUUCCCCCUGCCCUCCCGGGUUGGGGGUUGGUAGCGGGGGUCCAGACCCCCCCAAAUCCUUGAAGUCUUCCAUUUGCCAACCCCAGGUGGGGGAAAGAGAAGAGGAAGAGGGGUGCCCCCCACGCCCCCUUCCCCACUCCGGCCUCUUUUCGAAAACCACCUGGGAUAGGUCUAACAGCAGUUCCCCUCCUCUCUGCCCCUUGACCCUGGCACUGACAUCCCAUAACCAAACCAGCUCUCCCCGACGUCGCCCCUCUCCCCCAAACCCUGCCGACCUCAGUCGGAGGCUGGGGAGGGAAAGUCGGGGGAGCGGGACGGACUAUGGCAGUUGGCCGGGGAAAGGGGAGAGUUAGGGCUUUUAGUUCGCAUCUUAGGCCUGGGGAGGGGUGGGGGGUGGGUUGGGAUGGAGCAGGGGCAGCAGCAGUAAUUGCAUUAUUAAGCAUCGGUUUUUAAUAAGCUGGGGGGAGGGGGCUGGGGGGAGGGGGAUCUGGACUCUGUUAUCUACUGUGUAUCAUAUGUAAAUACUGACAGAAACUUCAAUAAACUUUAUUUCAAACAA